AUGUAUGUGAGUUUAGGUGAGCAUAUUUUCCUUGAGAUGUGCACACAUUGCAGAUUCUCUAACCCGCCUCUCAUGUUCUCUUGGCCCGCCCCCCCUGCCGAGAGCUUUAAAAGGAGUGGUUUGCACCUCGUCCUAUGUCUUCAGACGGCACCACAAGCACACCACGUCAACAUGGACUUUUCCAAAAACGCAACAGAGCGGCCGGAGCCUCUAAAGGCUGAAGUGAAAGGGAACAUCCCCUCCUGGCUGCAAGGCACGCUGCUGCGCAAUGGCCCCGGGAUUUUCUCAGUGGGGGACACCAGCUACAACCACUGGUUUGAUGGCAUGUCCAUCAUGCACAGCUUCUCCUUCAAGGAUGGCGAAGUGACCCACAGGAGCAGGUUCCUGAGAGGUGACACUUACAAAGCCAACAUGGAGUCCAACAGAAUUGUUGUGUCUGAAAUGGGAACCAUGGCCUACCCUGACCCGAGCAAGAACUUCAUUGUUAAGGCGAUCACCUUCCUCAACCACACGGUUCCCGACUUCACCGACAACGGUGCCAGCAAUUUCAUCAAAUACGGUCAGGAUUAUUUUGCAACCUCAGAAACCAACUAUAUUCGUAAAAUCGACCCUGUGACCCUGGAGACCAUGGAUAAGGUGGACUACAUGAAGUUCCUCCCUGCGAACUUGGUGACAUCCCAUCCGCACUACGACAACGAGGGCAACGCCUACAACAUGGGCACUUCUAUAGCUGAUAAGGGCAAGACCAAAUACAUGCUGUUCAAAGUCCCCGCUGUUUCUCAGAAAGACAAAGACAAGAACGCCCUGGCGCUGAAGAACGUGCAGGUGAUCUGCUCCGUGCCGUGCCGCUCCCUCCUGACUCCCAGCUACUACCACAGCUUUGGCAUGACGGACAACUACUUCAUCUUCAUCGAGCAGCCCUUCAAGCUGGAUAUCGUCAAGAUGGCCACCGCCUACAUGAGGGGGGUCAACUGGGCCAGCUGUUUGAAGUUCUGCCCAGAAGAUAACACGCUGAUCCACCUGAUAGACAGAAAGACUGGCAAAGAGGUGGAGACCAAGUACUACACGGGAGCCAUGGUGGUCUACCAUCACGUCAACGCUUUCGAGGCGGAGGGUCACGUCAUUUUUGACGUCAUCGCCUACAAGGACAACAGCCUUUAUGACAUGUUUUACCUGAGCAAGCUGAAGGACAACCGGGGACGUCACGAUGAAAGCUACUCCAAGCCAAGCUACAACAGAUUUGCCAUUCCCGUUCAGCCAAUCCAGGGCGCCGCAAUAGGAGAGAAUGUGGUGAAGGUGAAAUGCACCACAGCCAGCGCGGUGAAAGAGAAGGAAGGCAAGCUAGUGUGCCAGGCUGAGGUGCUCUGUGAAGGGUUGGAGCUGCCUCGCAUUAACUACAACCUGAAUGGCAAGAGCCACCGCUUUGUGUACGGCAACUGUGUGGAGGAAUCUGUGCUUGCUAGAGAGAUUGCCAAGUUCGACGCAGAAACCAAGCAAAUGUCGACCUGGAGCGAAGACAACUGCUGGCCGUCUGAGCCGGUGUUUGUGCCGAGACCCGACGGCGAGGCAGAGGACGAUGGCGUGGUGUUAACAUCCGUGAUCAACGCCAACCCCGACCAGUCCAACUUCAUCCUGGUUCUCGAUGGCAGAACAUUCAAGGAAGUAGCUCGGGGGUACGUGAACACUGAGCUCCAUAAAGACAUGCACGGAUUUUUUAUCCCUCAAGGAAAUUAGCCUUUUAUUGUACACAUUUAAAUAUCUUUUGGAAUUCGAAACAUUGCAGCAGUGUGCCAAAAAAACAACUGUAAUAUAAUGUAACAUGCACUCCAGCAUAGUGCUCUAUUAUAUCCAGCCACACUUUAUUCUCUUUUGGUGCUUUUUUGGUGCUAUUUUGUUUCAAUUUUGAAGAAAAUGAAGCAAAACUGAUUGCAAGAAUAAAUCCAUAAUGUGGGAGGAGUCACACACGUGAAACAUCUUAUCAUGCGUUGCUCAUCAUUCUCAAGUCCUUUACCGUUCUAUCAGACUGUUGAACGUCAGCAAGGCAAUCAUGUGAACAGCAGAGGCUAUCACGGUCGCCGACUCUAUCACGUUAAAAACAUGUCGAAGUCAGUGUUGACGUUGUAUAAAAGGCUACAUGCACGACUUGGAGUGGCAUUUUUACUCGCGUUUACAUUUGGAGAUAAAUAUUAACAUGCAUAUUCAAUAAAAUGUGCCUGGACCUCAAAAUGGUACCACACUGUCAUUUGACAUGGUUAUCCUAUUGCAGGCGUGUCCGGAGUACGCCACGGGGCCGUUUGUAGCCCGCGGCACAUCAUAAAAAUAUAAUUGUACAAGAAAACAACGGCAAAAAUGGACAAAUGAGAAUAAAAUCAAAAUAUUAAGAGAAAAAAAGUUGCAGGCUAACAAGAAAAAGUCAUAAUUUUACAAGAAUAACAGCAUAAUACUAUAAGGGGAAAAAACAUCAUUUUAGGAGCAUAAAGUUAUAUUUUUUUAAGUUGUAAUACUAUGAGAAACUACGGAGCAAACUACAAACUUUUGCGAGGGAACGCAAAAGAGACUGCGGUAAAGUUAGAAACAUGUUCACCUAUUCAAACUUCCGGGAUCAAUAACUCCCAAGUGAAUGGUUCUAACACAGCAAACCAAACCUCCUUCCAACCGUGGCAACACAGACAAACGAACUACGAGGCGGUUUUGAUCAAAACGAGCCGUCUUCUUUGCAGUCUGACUUCUGUUGAUCUUUAUGAGAAGCCGUGAGAAUCCGGCAGCGAGACCGCAGCGCAGGGACCAUCUCCAAAUGUCUUCUCCUUCUGUAUUAUGGCGGUUGGCAUCAAUGUUACCAAUUCCUCAGUAAGAAAGGUAGCUAUUGGCUGUUCUGAAAGGUGACAGAUGACGAUGACGUCAUUGGCUACACACACACACAGAUAGACAGACAGACACACAUAGAUAGAUAGAGAGAUAGAGAUAUAGAUAGAGAGAUAGAGAUAUAGAUAUACUCAAAGCAACAAGUUUGUGAAAACUGACUUUUACAUAAUUUAUUAGGUUGUUAGACUAUUUUUUUUCCUUAAUGUCCCCUCCGGGGCUCUGUAAGAAACAAACCAAAAUUUUUUUUACAUUUUUGGAAAAGUAGGUUGAACAAAAAGUCAAAAUCUUCUGGAAAAUUAAAAAAAUAUAUAUAUUUUUUAAAAGCAACAGCAGAAAUGGAAAGAUCAGCUGUAAUUUUAUGACAACAAAGUCCGCAUUCUAACAAGAAAAAAAGUCAAGGCAAUUUUACGAUAAAUAAUGUCAUUUUAGGAACAAAGUUUAAAUAUAAAGAAAAAAUGUUUUUAAAAAAAUGGUAAAGUUGUGAUAUUAUGUGAAACAAACAACAAAAUAAGGUUUCAUUUUAAAACUGGUAGGGAACCUAUGGCUCGGGAGCCAGAUGUGGCUCUUUUGAUGACUGCAUCUGGCUCUCAGACAUUUCUUAACACCAUCAAAUUUCUUUUUUUUUGCUGACAUUUUAAAGUAAAACAUUAUAGAAAUCACAGUAUUAAAAUAACAUUCAAAAUAUAAAACUUUGUCACGCAUUAUCCAUCCAUCCAUCCAUGUUCUAGCGCCAUGCGGGCGGCCUGAGCCAAUGCCAUUCAUCCUUCCCAUAUUUUCCAUGUCAAACACUAAAACUUGAUUAUUAUUGGAUAAUGUGGUAGCCUACCCGGGUCAUUGAGAGGUCAAGAAGUAAACGUCCCUCCUUUAACAGUCAGCUAGCUAAUUCUGCACAGCAAACCCUUUUGAUGAAGAAGAUGGCAAAAAGAAAGGCCGAUACGGAGUACGAUGUAAAACCAUGCAGCACCAGAAGUUGCAUUCAUGGUAAGAAAUACUUAACUUAAUAUUGGUUAGUUUCAGGAGAACUGUGUUAUUAAAAAUAAUCAAUUAAACGACAUAUUGUGUUCUAAAAUUGUUGGUCUUGCUGUGUUGCAAAAUACGAUAUGUCUCUCACGGAAAUACAUUUUAAAAUAUGUGGCUUUCAUGCUCUCUUAGCCAAAAAGGUUCCCCACCCCUCUUUUAAAAUAUUAAGGGAAUAAAUUCAUGAUAUUAUAAGAAGAAAAUUUUCUAGAAGAAAGUUGAAAUAUUUUGGGGGAAAAAAAAUAGGAAAAAAGAACAAAGACCGAAGUCUAUACUAAUAAUAUCUAUAUCACAAAGCUGACAUGCACUUUUUCUUGAAAUAUGUCGAACUUUUUAUCAUAUCUACCUGUGUUGCUUUACAAAAUGUCAAAGUGACGCUUGCUUCCUUUCAUUUUUCACUACGUGGCCCUCGCUGGCAAACGUGAGGACACCCCUGCCUUUUUGUAAUAAUGGCCACUAGAGGGAGACAAAGCCGACAUCAAAGUACAUCAUAAUAGUCAAUUAAAAGAGCAUUUAAUGAAAGCCUUCUGAAAUAUCAAAUAAAACUAUGACAUGUAUUUUUCAACAAAUAUCAGCCAAACUCAGUCUUCACAUUGAGUCAAAUUUAUUCAUUUAGCCAGUCGAAAAAAAUGACACCAGUUAUAAAUAAGGGCAGUGGACAGCAAAGUUUGUAAACGCCUCAUAAAAAUACAGACAAUAUGGAAGGAAAAUCGACCCGACAUCAUGUCCCCCACCCCAGCCGCACCACCACAAUCACAUCUUUAUUAUUUCAUUGAUCAAAGUAUGUGCACAGUGCAUCAGUAAACAUUGAUGGAGACUGAAGAUGACGCACACUAACACCAUUUUAAAGACAUACACACACACACACGUUUGUAUUUUACUACAUGGCAGCGUGUUACUAUCACUACAAUUAUCAUAUGAAAUCACUCAGUCAGGUGCGACGUUUAAAAAUGAUGAUGCGCACGAGCCACAAAUGACGGCAGUUGGCUUCACUGUGCAGUCAACUCAGGAGAUGUUAGGCAAUAAAUGCCUCAACUAAACAGUGCUGCCAUCUUCUGGCCAUUUGUCUGAAAAGCAGCUUCUAGGGAGACCAUCCUGUCGCUCGUGCAAUAAAGCAGCCUGAUCUGCUGGGUCUCUAAAGAGGAAGAAUUCAAUCUGAUCGGAGACUCUUCCAAAGUGCGGUGGUGCUUGCAGAGGGAUGGGCGUUAAGGCCUGCGGUUAUGACCCCCGACCCCUUCUCUCAUUUCCUGAGCGGGCUUAACGGACCCUCUGCGGGCUCUCCGUGAAAGGUGAGCCCGGGAAAGAGGCCUUUUAAGGAAACUGGAACCCACCGACAUGCAAAAUGCGGUUUCCGAGAUGCUUUGUGUUUUGUAUUUCACUGGCUGUCCUCGUCUUUCGAUGACGACUUGCUUUUCUCAGAGUCUUCUUCACCUUCGCCAGCUGCGGGGCACAAGCAGGCAAAUGGAUACGUUUAUUUUGAAGGUCCCCCCCGGCACUUCCUGUCAUUGUUAAUGUUGCUUUUCCUUCCUUGAGCACCAAAAUGAAGAAUGAACUAAAGAAUGAUUUGUAUUGAGCAGGUAUAGUAAUACUCAAAUGAGCACACUGAAAAUGAAUCAACAGCGCCUCCGGUGGCCGCAGCGAGUAGUGCACCCCAAGUGGAUGGACUUUUGAGUUAUGACGGCUGCGUUUAUAAGUAGAAGUCAUCGAAGGACUUUGGCUUGGAUCAAACUCCCCAAAAGUGGCAAUUGGAGUUCAACCAACAUUUACUAUGAAAAAUAUGGCUCAAAAGUCAAACAGAACCCAGUUUCAACCGGAAAUUGUACUAAGUGCAAUGUAGGAAAGCUGUGCACGCCUGCACAACACUGUAUGCUUGGUGACAGUAAGUUAAAGACAAAAAAAUAAUAAUAAAUACAAUUAUGAAAUAAAAAAAAAUAUUAAAUAUGGCGGCUUAUUUUCUGAGAAGAAAAAAUACAAAUAUGACAAAAGUCAAAACAUUUUUUAAUUAGAAAAUCUAAAACUUACAAAAUAAAGCCUGUUUUCUGAGAUGAAAAAAUAAAAUAUUUAUGAAAAUUAAAAGUAAAUUAAAACUUUUUUUAAAUUAGAAAAUCAAAAACGUACAAAAUAAAGUCUGUUUUCUGAGAUGAAAAAAUAAAAAUACUUAUGAAAAUUAAAAGUAAAUGAAAACAUUUAAAACAUUUUGUUUAAUUCAACAAUAUUUUUGACUGUACUUAUUUUUACACUUAUUUUGAUAUUUUUUUAAAGUGCCUUUACAGCCGGGCUGAACAAAAAUCGUGAAUUUUUUUUUUUGAUUCACACAAAAAGGAAAGGCGAGCCUAUUUAAAUAAAUAAAAUAAAUAAAAGUUUGACUUUAGCACCUGCGUUGCAAACAAACGCCGCCAUUUUACACAAAGCCGUUUAGCCGUUUUUAUGGGUAGACACUUAUGUGAACACUUAGCACUAUCAUGCUAAGUGCUGGCAUGCUAAAAUUAGCAUGUCAGCAUUUCUAGCAUGUUAAAUAUUGCAUGUUAGCUUUGCUAGCAUGCUAAAAUGAUCAUAGUAGCAUUUUUAGCCAUUUUCAUAGGUAGACACUAUUAUGCUAGGUGUUAGCAAGUUAGCAUUGCUAACACGAACAUAGUAGCUUUUUUGAGAUUUUCAUAAAUAUGAACUUAAGCAGACACUUAACAUUAUCACGCUAGGCGUUAGCAUGCAACAUAAUUAUGCUAACAUUUUUAGCAUUUUCAGAGGUAGGCACUUACAUAAACACUUAGCACUAUUAUGCUAAAUGUUAGCAUUUAAGUCAUUCAAACCCUUUGAUGGCAUGUUCAUCGUCAAGGAAUCUAAAUAUGCAGAUAAAAAUAAAUGUAGGACUAAUAUUUAUGGUGUAAAUCCCAAUACGGGGGGAUAAAAAUCAAAUCAAAUGAUUUCUGUAGUGCAUGGUGUGCGUGGCAUGGAAAAUGGAAAAUUGUAAUUCACAUUUUUUCCAGUCAUUGACGUUUUAUAAGGGCCAGAGUUUGACCCUGUAACAGAUCAUUAAGAUUUCCAUGACGCGUCAUGGAGAACGAAGUCAAAUCCAAACAUGUCUGAGUAGAUCGCGUUCAACCACCUGCCUCACCUGGUUUGUUGAUGCUGAGCUGCGCCAGGCUCGCCGACAGGUCCGCGGGUCCCGGCGCACCGGGGUCCGCUGGGAUGUCGUGGAUGGCGUUCCUGCGGCCGGACCGUCGAGAGGCAAUGAAGUCCUCAUAGGUCGCCUCCACAUCCGUCAUGUCUGCCACGCCUCACCAUGGCAGGGCCUGCACUCCCUAAAUGCAACACCUUCACUUGGGAGCGCAUUCUAUACCAUAACGCCACUUCUAGGUCAGCUGCCCACAGUCACUGGAGGCUGCUGCCAACCAGCAACCACAGGCUAUUUUUAGACGCAUGCGAGAGAGCGUGCAGCUGCUCCGAAUGGUGUCAACAUGGGCAAGACCCCCGAAGACGUCGUUGACCUCAGCCAAGGAAAAAGCCCCACGAUGACUGCCUCUCCGAUGUUUUUAGCCUCGCGAUGCAAUAUUCAUUUGUAACUUUUCAUAAUUUAGACACGCUUGCGCUUGUGACGCUGUGCUGCAAAGCCGAGGCCGCAACAACACUAUGUGGACAAAAGUAUCGGGACAUGCGCUCCUGACAACCACAGGAGGUGAAAAUGGAGGAAAAUCCGGCGGCGGUUGGUGCCUUUUGCAGGAAACAAACAUCUUAGACUCCUCUGGGAAGACUUGAACGUUCACCCGGAAUGACUUGAGGUGAAGUUGAGCCUGUUUCUAUUGUAGCUCAUCCUUAAGGGAACCAUUUUUGGUUACUUGCGACAAGCACGGCUAAAACAGGAAAUGCACAUAGAAAAAUAUUUUUUAAAGCUACAUUUUUUUUGUCUGAAGUACAACAUAUAAAUAUGACAAUAUAAUAGUGGCAUCAUAAUUAAAUACAAUAAUGUUUUUUUAAAUACGUUCUAAAUUGUAAUAUUUUUCUUUAAAAUAUGUUUAAAGCUAUAUUUUUUCGUGAAUAUAAUAUAAAACUAGCAUCAUAAUUAAAUACAAUAAAAAUUGUAACACAAAAUAGGUUUUAUUUAAAAAAAAAAAUUAAAGCUAUAUUACAAUUUUUUGUGAAAUAAGACUUAUAAUAUAAAUAUAACAAUAUAAUAGUGACAUCAAAUGAAUUACAUGCAAUAGUUGGCCGCUGACUUUUGGCAGAUUUUGGCAUGCUUCUCCUAAGAGUAAUACAAAAAUACAACAAAAACACAGUUUUUAAUGUUUACAUGUUUCUUCAUUUUCAAAAAUAUUUUUUUAAAGCUAUAUUACAUUUUUUUGUGAC